CUUGACUCCGGUGUCGGCGCUUGACUAACGGCUGUCGCUUCCUCCUCCUGUCCAUCAUAUGAUGUUUUGACGUUUUGAAAUCCGCGACGGAGUUUGAUUAGCUUACCUUGUUACUCGCAGACAAGCACCAUGAAACAACAUUACAGUUGCUAGCAGGCUGGCUUCCAUUGGUUGUCCAGAUGAUCGCCUCACUUUCUCGAGGAAGUUUGCUGGAUGAAGUGCUGCACAGAGGCUUCAACGAGCAGCAACUGGCCACCUAUGUUUCUUGGGUGAACUCACAGUUGAAGAGGAAACCUGGACUGAGGCCCAUCACUGACCUCAGACAAGAUCUGCAGGAUGGAGUUGUUCUAUUACAACUAAUAGAGAUAGUUGCCGGGGAGCUGCUUGAUGGUGUUUACUUGGCUCCUCAGAGCAAAGACGAAUGCAGGAAGAAUGUGGAGCAAGUGUUGCAGUUCAUUUCCUCCAGACACAUACGCAUGCCGCACAUUUCAGCAAGAGACAUUGUCGAAGGCAACCUGAAACCAGUGAUGAGGGUUAUUCUGGCACUGGCUGCCCACUUCAAGCCCUCAGCCAAUCACAGGGGUGCUUCAGGAAGUGGACGGUGCUUGACAGCAGGUCCAUCCAGCCACAACCCCUUGUCCACUGUGGCGCUUGCACAAGGUGCUGCUGCUACGCUGGCAUCAGCUCAAUAUGACGCCUCACUGCCUGCAGGCACCUCACGCAUUCACAGUGGCUGGAGGUCUGAAGUGGAAAAGAGCGUUUGUGUUCGUGCAUUGGUGAAGCAGUAUGAGAGGGGAACCCCAGAAGAGCAGGACAACAACGCACAAACAACUUGUCUCAGCUCAACAAGUCCGGUACCAUCUCCAAGAGCCCUAACCAGCAGUCCGGCAGACACACCGCAAGAAGAUUACACACAAUCUGAGGGCAGAGCAUUGGGAGAUUCAUCUAAUGCUGUUGCGGAGACAACAUGGGAGGAUUCCAUCAGUGAAACUUUGGAGAAGGAUGUGGAAGAGACGCGUAAAAUGGUUUGCACUUUGCAGGCCCUGCUGCUACGUGGCUCUCUGCCAGAGGACGAGCAAGAUCUGUCUUUGACUGCGGAUGAAAGUCACCCUGAGCAGGAGCUGGUAGUCAUCCGAAGCCGUUUGGAUCAGAGCAUGGAAGAGGCUCGAGAAUUAAAGAGGGAUUUGUUGCGCUGUAAGCAAGACAUGAGAAACUUACAAGGAGUCAGAGAGGCCCAGCAGCAGAGACUGUGCACUCAGGAGGCAUUGAUCCUUCAGCUUAAGCAAGAACUUCUACGAGCCAGCAUGACUAAAGAUGAACUUAACAAUCAAAAGACCGAGCUACAAUGGAAACUGGAGGAAUGUACUCGACUGUGGAGUGACUGCAAGAGGGAAGUUGGACAGAAGGAUAGACUUGUGCAACAACUCAAACAAAAGCUUGAAGAGAGCCAAAAACAGCAGAAUGAAUUGCAGAAACAGAUGCACCACAGUAACAGUAUGAUGCAAGAACUAAUGAAUAGAGAUCUUCAACAGAUUUCCCCACUCGCUGAUAACAAUGGCUACUAUUACCCCGGAAACCCUUCUCCCUCCAUAUCAAGUGCAGAGGAGGUACAGCUGCUCCGAGAUGCACUUAGAAGUUUGAGGAAUGACUUCAGGGUUCACGACCCACAGCACCACACUUUAGACACCCUGGAGCAAGGCAUCGUGUCACUCAUAGACAGACUGCAUGAUCAUCAGUCACACAGGGCAAGAGGGAAAUCUCCCAAACGCAAAGGACUGAACAGUGACUCUGACUCUUGGCCAAACGUCUGUCAGUCUAAAAGCACCACCACCUUCUCCACUAAGAUCCUCUACUUCACUGGGAGAUCCCCCACACCUUGCAUGAUAAACAUACCCAAAAAGCUGGGAGAGGUGACUCUGAAAGAUGUAAAGGCAGCUGUGGAUCAGGAAGGAAACUUCAGGUACCACUUUAAGGCCCUGGACCCUGAAUUUGGUACUGUAAAAGAAGAGGUUUUCUUAGAUGGUGCGAUUGUUCCUGGCUGGGAAGGCAAAAUUGUGGCCUGGGUGGAGGAAGACCGCUGUAAAGAAAGACCCUCAUAGUGAAUAAACAACAGCUCAACUAGACAAUUUGAGGAUCUGAUCUACUGGAAUCUACUGGAUUUGAUCAGAUCAUAUAGAAGUCAGUGCCUUGCCUCGAUGUGCUUGAUAUUGCCAGGCCUUAUCUAGAUAAGACUAAAAACACCAACAAAACUAACGUUUAGUAAUGUUUACUCCUGCAAAGUGUCAUUAGAAGUGUCAUAUGGCGUACUGUUUUUUUAUCCCUUAGCAUUAUGGAUUUGUCAGUAUUAUCGAUCAUAGCAGUGACAUCACUUACAUUAUAUUGUCAUCUUAUGGAAAUUUUCUGCAUCCUUUUCUGUAAAAAUAAAUACUGUAAUGUCAUCUUCAUUAAAAACGUAGAUGAACAGUGCUGUGCACUUUAGAAUUGCUACAGACAAAUACUGGACUUAGUAGUAUCUAGUUUUGUAGUCUUUUUACACUUUGCUGGUUUGUACAUUACACUUUUUAUGAGAUUGAAAUGCUACCUUUCAUAAUGAUGCUGUGAUAUGAAUUUGUGACAUAGAAAGCAUCUAGGACCUAGCUGAGUAAUUAGGUAUCCCGAUAUUUAUUGUGUGUAUGUGUGUGCAUGCGUGCGUGCGUGCGCGCAUGCGCUCAGUUUUCUUGUUCAUUGUCAGACCGACCACACACAUGCUUUCCAUUUGGGAUUAUUGUUUUACCCUUUCCUAACAAGCCAACAGAAAUAUGCAUCAUGUCAUGUUUUGUACUUUGUUGGACGCCACAACUGCCUGUAAAAUGUACAGUUUGUUUAUUUUUGUAUAUUCUAUCUAUGGAAACAGUUAGUUUAGAAAUAAGUGGGUGGUCUAUGUGUAAUGUGUGAUAGACUUGGACUGCAAAAUAAAACCUAACGAUUGUUAAA